ACACCAUGUUGAAGACGACUGCACCCCAAUCAGAGGAGAGCAUGGUGAAGCUGGUGAUUACUGCUGUGAUCCUCCUCCUGACUGUGUCUGGGGUCUCUACUGGCUGUGCCCCAACUGAGUACCUCACAGGACAGAAGUGCUGCCCCAUGUGUAGACCUGGUUUUUGUGUGCAAAGACACUGCACAGAGUUCUUCAGCACAGAAUGUGUUCUGUGUCCGUCAUCAUUCUACACUGACACACUCAAUAAUCUGGAGUCUUGCAGUCCCUGUACAGUUUGUGACUCCAGUAAGUCAAGGCAAAGUGCCGGUCUAAGAGUGAAGAGGGCCUGCAGCUCCACCUCAGACACACUCUGUGAGCCUCUGGAAGGUCACUACUGUACUGACCCAAUCAAAGAUGGCUGCAGAGGAGCUGUGGAACACACAAAGUGCUCAUCAGGACGGUACAUUAAACAGCCAGGUUAGGAAAUACUCUAUAACUAUUCUAGAGACAGGGUGACAUUGUUAAUUGAAGAGGUGAAAAACACACACAGGCACACCAUGAGACAUUGACCUAGAAAGGAACUAAAGGCAUAUUAAAUAUCAACUUAG